AACAAUUUAUUAAUUAAAAAUUUAUACAUCACUCAAAACUAUAAUUUUAUGAAGUUUUCAUAAAAACCAAGAACAACUUUUGAAGUAAGUUAAUACUUUCCUGGACCAGGCUACUAUAUAAGCUAAGAUCAAGAAUAAGUUAGAUAGUAGCAAAAUUCUCAUAAUUUAACAACUUUUGGAAAAAAGGAAAGAUUUAAUUCUUCAUUAGAACCUGAUUAAUCCAAAAUUGGUCCUGGAAGUUAUAAAGUCACUUAAAGCGACUUUGAAAAGUAUAAUUAGGACAGAUAAGAUAAUAAAAAAGCAAGCUAAAAAGUGAAUGAUUAGCCAUAAAUCAGAAUAAAUGCCGUUCCAUCUAUUCCUUCUAAAAAUGUAAAAGAAGGAUACCAGGAAAUAGGAGACGGGUUGUUGAUUGUUAUGAAAAAUUAAAAAGAAAAUGAAAAUGUUGGUCCAGGAUAAUAUAAUCCAAAUUACAAUUUUGUAAAGCCUCGUGCUUAAAAGGCUGUCAUUCCAAAAUAAGUAAAUUAGUAGGGUUCUUUGGAGAAAUUAGAUUAAAAAUAAAAGAUUAACUUAAAUGCGUCUUAAUAAAGCUAGAUAGAAUCUAUUGUUUAAUAGAACUUGGUUGGUUUAGUACCUAAAGAUUAAAAUACAAUUUAAGAACAUUUAGUCAGUUAGUAAGAAAGACCAGCUUCCGAUCAGAGAAUCAGAUAAAUUAAAGGUUAAAGAUAUAAAGCUGAACUUACAAGCCUUGUUAGUAGAGAUCCUAAAAAAAAGUAGAUAGGAGAAUAUAAUUUAGAAUUGCUUAUGAUUCGUGAAAGACAACUUGCAAAAGAUGAUUAAGGUCCUCCUCCAGGAAAAUAUUAUAAUUAGAAUCUCCACACUUCAUUUAAAGUUCAAUAUAAACCUUCUGAAUACUAAUGUUUUGAUUCGAGUUCAUAGAGAUUUGAGGAGAAUGGAAUUUUUAAAAAUAAAUUAGGUCCUGGUUAAUAUAAUUUAGUUGAUAUUAGCUAAGCAGGGGGGAUUUAACAAUCAAAUGCUAUUAAAUUUGGAAGGGAAAAGAGAGCAAUAAGCGAUUACGAAGCCAUUAAAAAUAAUAUACCUGGACCAGGAGAUUAUAAUCUUAAGUUAAUAUAGGAUAUAGGAAAUAUAGAAAAGUAUGAUUUAUACAAGCUGAAGUAGUCUAACUUAAAGUUUAAUUCUGUUUUUGGUAGUGGUUCAAGAAGGUUUACUGAUUAAAGACCUGGAAGUGAUGUAAAUCCUGGUCCUGGUUCAUACACAAUAAACGAUAAUAAUAAAACAAAAAAAAGAAAGAGGGUAAAAACCCUUUACAUGCAGAGUAAUAGCGAAGCAGUUUUACUGAAAAAUUAAUCAAAUAACCUAAGCUUUAAUGAUACUUCACUUUAAAUAAUUUAAAAUAAUAGAAAAAAUAACUAUGAAAAAACUAAAUAAUAAUCUAAUAAUAUGAGUUUUAAUGAUCAAAAUACAACAAAUUAUACAAGAAUAGUAGAGAUAGACGAUAUUUCUCAUAUGGAAGUGAAAAAUAUUAAUCAAAGUUAAAAUAAAUAACCUUAACAGAGCAGCUAUGUAUUUAAAUCAUAAACCAAUAGAUUCAGGGUUAAAAAUCAAUCAUUUGAUAAUAAACAUAAUUUGGAUGGAUCUGAUAAAUUAGGCCCUGGGUGCUAUGAGAUAGUUUAAGAUAUUCAAAAAUAAAAACAAACUUAUAAUAAAGGCAAAGAUUUACUAAACAAAUCACCUAGAAUUACUGAUAAAUUUGAAGGAAUAUAAAUCCCUAAGCUUGGUCCUGGCUAUUAUGAUCCUAAUAUUUAGUUAGUUAAGCCAAAAGCUCCGUGCACUACUAAGAUAUGA